UCCCGCCCGCUGGCGGCCGCUCUUCGUAACCCGACUCGUAACGCUCGUAAAGCCUGUUCGUUGCCGAGAUGCCGAUCGUUUGACAUGCUAUGACAAAAUCGUUAUUUUUGCAUGUAAUUAAGCAAUUUUUGACAAAUCAUUCGGUUUAUGUGUAAUUUUAUAUGCAAGUUAAAAAGAAAUGAACAAUAAUUACAAUGGCCGAGAGUUAUACACGUACCGAUUCAAAUAACUCACUGUCCUGCUCUCUGAAAGAAGAAUCUCCGCGUUUGCUUCAGGAUUGUGAUUCUCAUAACCUCCCUCUUCACGUAAAACUCGCGCAGGAGGCAGCCUAUGAGCCACUGACUGAGAAUACUGAGCAAACUACUACUUCGACUGAUGUUCUACUGACAGUGAUUUAUUCAUUAAUGUUGGAAUGUGGUUUUGUUCCUGCACAAUACGGAGUUUUAGCAGUUCCCAGUCGUGGCUACAAUCGAAUGAAUAUUCAACAAUUUUCAAAGCCACCGAAACAGUGGCUUGAUCAGGGUUGUAACCUACUAAGAUUUUCAUUAGCUUUAAGCAGAAUACGGUUCUUUGCAUAA